CACCGAGCCAGCGCCAAUUACGGCCGUUGCCCUUAUGGAAAUGCAAAAUCAAGCAUGUCAGGUUAAUAACCCGUCCUUCGCUAAGCCCGCGCCGGCCCCCAUUUGGCCCAGUUCUUCCGCUUCUUAACGCAACGCAAACCUUGCACAACAGCGUCGUGCAAGGUACUUGGCCUAUCAAUCGUCCUUGAGGGUGAUACUGCUGGUACGACCCGAUACCAAACUCGGGGUUUGGUGCUUGGGUCAGCCCCUCGUCCUAGGAACGUGCUUGCAAUCAGUCUUGUCCCCAGACUCUAAUAAAAGAGCAGCCGUCGACGCGGUCUCCUCGCCUGCUUUUGCGUCUUCCAUACCACUGUCAGCGACCAAAAUGGUAAAUCCACUUCGAUUGUCGGCGCUUCUGUUUGCGGGAAACGCUUUCGCCGCGUACAGUGAACUCUUCUUCGCGACAGAGGAGUCUGAUUGGAAAUGCCCAAGGCUGUCUUUCAAGUGCAUAGCACCAUCAAUAUGCGCGCACGAAGGCUUACUCGACAAAUAUUAUUGCUGCGCGCCAGAAGAUGAUGCGGUCUGCUGGACAGGCUCAGAAAGCUGCAAAGGUUCCGAUGGGGGACCAAGUUCGACUCAAUUAGGUUGUGGAUCAGACAAUGGCUACUGCUGUUUGAGCGGAAGGGAAGAGUGCACACAACGACGCAAUCAAAUCAACAUCUGCUGGGCAACACCUCCGAAUCCGAUGGCUGGCAUUGGCCCCACAAGAGUCAACGAAACAUAUUCCUCUCUUCUGUCUGCAAGUCCAUCGGCUAGUACAUUGGCUUUCAAAGCAGAAGUUUUCCAGUCGAGCAGUACUUCCACGCCUGUUGCCACCCCAAGCGCAGCUACAGAACCGACGAUCUCCACAUCCACCCAGGUGGCCGCCACAACCCAGGCCAAUACUGCAACCUCGUCGACAAUUCAACCCGAGUCAUCUUCCUCCUCUUCCGGUAUUUCUGGAGGUGCGAUCGCUGGCAUAGUAGUCGGAGUGAUUGGUGGUCUCGCGCUCAUCGGAGCUGGCGCAUUCUUUCUCUUCAAGAGAAAGAAGAAUGAUGCAGGCAUUGAGUUGGACGGCAACCCGUAUAACAGCAACGCUUAUGCACACAUUGGCCCCCCACAAGAGAAAUAUUCUAGCAACGCAGCACACGAAGUCCAUUCCCCGGUUCAAAGCUUUCCGCCUGUGGAAAUGGAUGGCUCCGGAUAUAAGCCAAUAGAAAUGGAGGGAAGCAAUCCUCCAGCAAGACAGCAGGGGACAGGAAACUAAAGAGGAGGUAAUAUGAAUUGCGGUUGGAUAUUUCGGCCUGAUGAAGCUUCGGCGCGAUAGUCAUGAUAUCUUCACAUUUUGCGCUGUGUAGUCGCUAUUUUCUUUAACAAUUUUUGGUUAAGAAUUCCCUCAUGAGUUUCAAUCAUGGCGCCACUCCAGAGACAGUAGAUCUAUCCGGAAGAAUAAUAAAAUUAAAAUUAUCAGAUAAGCCAACGC